UUAUUCAAAAAUAUUUUUUUCAGCAUGCUGAGGAUUUCAACUUUAAGAAAAUUUUAUUUAACAUUUGUUCGUACUUAUGCCGAUGUAAAUCAACUUCACUUAACUUUGGCAUCGCCUACUAAAGUGUUUUAUAAUUCAAAAGUUGUUAAACAAGUAGAUAUACCUUCAUUUAGUGGGAAUUUUGGUGUUUUGGCUAAUCAUGUUCCUAUUUUGGCCUUGUUAAAACCAGGUGUGAUUAAGGUCUUCGAAGAAGAUGGAAAAAUAAAUGAUAUAUUUGUGAGUAGUGGGACUGUGACUAUUAAUUCUGAUUCAACAUGUCAAGUCUUGGCAGAAGAGGCAAUACCUUUGGAUUAUAUUGAUCAAUCUGCUUGUAAAGAGGCUCUACAUCAUUAUCAACAAGAAAUGAGUAAAGCAAGUGAAGAUCAAAAGGCAGAAUUAGCAAUUGGCAUUGAAGUUUUAGAAACAAUUUCAAAAUUAGCCUAAUUAUUGUUUGUAUUUUUGGAUAUUAUAUAUGGAAGAAUAUGUUUUUAUUGAAAUAUGAAGCUUAUAUUUAAUUCAAAUGACAUUUAUUUGUAAUUGCUUAGAGGUAAUAAAAUAAUUGAAUUUUUCUAGUA